AUGGCUGAGCGUCUCAGCCCUCGAAGCUCCGAGGUCAACGCCUUGGAACAACGAGGCUACCUAAUCGGCAAGAAGAUAGGACAAGGAUCGUAUGCCACCGUUCACUUAGCGGAGUACUGUGAUGCAUCGAGCCCAAAACGUAUGCACUUAGCGUGCAAGAUAUUUGACAAAGAAAAAGCGCCUAGAGAUUUCUUGGAAAAGUUUUUCCCCCGAGAACUUGAUAUUUUAACUAAAAUUGAAAAUCCCCAUAUAAUUCAAGUGCAUAGUAUCCUGCAAAGGGGACCGAGGGUGUUCAUAUUCAUGAGAUAUGCUGACAAUGGCGAUUUACUAGAUUUUAUCAAACGUAAUGGCGUCGUCCCAGAAAAUCAAGCUAAACUCUGGUUCAGACAGAUGGCGAGUGGCCUUCAAUAUCUUCACAGUAAGAACAUUGCACAUCGGGACCUGAAGUGUGAGAACAUUUUACUGUCCAGGCGUUUUAAUGUUAAGCUAGCCGAUUUCGGCUUCGCAAGAUUCUGCACGGACGGUGACAACAGGCGCGUCCUCAGCCAGACGUACUGCGGCUCCGCGGCGUAUGCGGCUCCCGAAGUGGUCAGCGGCACACCUUACAAUCCGAAGUUGGCCGAUGUUUGGUCUCUCGGAAUAAUUUUAUUUAUCAUGUUAAACGCUUCGAUGCCGUUCGACGAUUCCAACCUGCGUAAGUUGCUGAAAGACCAGAUGUCGCGCAACUGGGUGUUUCGCUCCAGAAUCAGAGACUCUGUAUCCGCCGCAGCGAAGUCGAUCGUGCGCCAUAUCUUGGAACCGGAUAUCACUUUACGUCUGACUUUGGACCGCGUCCUGUCGCACGAGUGGACUCGGCCGCGCAAAGACAAGAGCGCUAGUCUAAUGGGGCGCCUCGUGCAGUCGGCUCCUUCGGCCCCGCAUCCGGGAAAGCACGAGGAGGCCGGCACUUCGGCCGGACUCCGCGUCUCGGGCGACCAUCGUGACACCGAGCGCGAGAGGCACGACGACAUCAACUCUCGCACCCACGCCUGA